GUUUGUUUUAGUUCUGUUCAUUGUUGUGUUUGUUUUACCGUUUCUUCUCUUCACGCCGAAACCCGCGGUGCUACGUUGGGAACGUUUGGUCUAUCGCGUGGAUACUUUUUAGCGGGAGAUAACAGCAGACAGUACAAAUUCUUCGUGACUGCGGAAACACUAUAUCUCCCAUAUGCAAACUCUCCCGCAAAUUCUGCAGACAAUCAAUAAACAUCUGAAGAGUUUACAUGUAUAUGUGUUUGAGUACAGUCGCUGCUCAGUUAAUUGACUUAUUGCACAGUAAACACUGCAGCGACGGAACACAAACAAAGUAUCCAGCAAUAUUCUUCUACUCGCUCGCAUUUCGUUACAUACCGGUUACUCUACCACUUUUCUGCCUCGGAAGCCCCCUUGGACCUGUUUCAUGCGACGUACAUGCAACUGGCAAACCUAUAAGAGGCGAACCUCAAACGCAAAUUUGUUGACCAACUUUUACAAAAUUAAUUCGGCACGAUUGGAUAUCUCGUCCCGUAUUUUGUUCUGUGGUAAUCGUGGUGCUCGCGUAAUACACAUAUCGAUUGGAUUAACGUCCGGUCGUGCCGUAUCACCGAGAAAAUGAAGUUUGCCGAGCACUUGUCCGCCCACAUAACUCCAGAAUGGCGCAAGCAGUAUAUCAACUACGAGGAGAUGAAAGGUCUGCUAUACACGGCCAACGAGGCGGCACCCGCCGCCGAUAGUGUGGAGGAGGACGUCCGCAUGCGGCACUUUGCCAACUUUGACGAAUCGUUCUAUAACUACAGCGACGCUGAGCUGAAGAAAAUUAACACUUUUUAUUCGGAAAAACUAGCAGAAGCCACACGAAAGUAUGCAGCUCUCACCACGCAGCUGCGCACCACACUUGAGUUGCACCAGAAGAGCAAGGCGAAAAAUGGCCACAGCCAUAAGCCCAUUCACUUGCCGAACCGAAAAGCACAAGAGUUAAAGCUGGCGUUUAGCGAAUUCUACCUCAGCCUGAUAUUGCUGCAAAACUAUCAAAACCUUAACCACACCGGCUUUCGGAAGAUCAUGAAAAAACAUGACAAGAUCCUCGCUUCGGACAGUGGAGCCCGUUAUUUGAAGGAAAAUGUCGAGACAAACCUCUUCUUUCUUAACAAAGACAUUGACAAGAUGAUCGUGGACGUCGAAACGACGGUGACGUUGCAGCUAGAGGGAGGUGAUCGUCAGCGGGCGAUGAAGCGGCUACGAGUGCCGCCGCUUGGCGAGCAACAGAGCCCGUGGAUCACCUUCAAGGUUGGUCUAUUCUGUGGAUGCUUCGUCAUUCUGUUUGUCGUUGUCAUGCUUUCAGCCAUCUUCCAUUAUAACGACACCGGCGACAAUCUGAAAAUUGCCUUCCGGCUAUACCGAGGUCCUUUACUGCUCAUUGAGUUUAUUUUUCUGAUCGGUGUCAACAUUUACGGCUGGCGUUCGUCAGGUGUCAACCAUGUGCUGAUCUUCGAGCUUGAUCCUCGAAACCAUCUCUCGGAGCAGCACUUGAUGGAGCUGGCAGCCAUCCUAGGUGUGGUGUGGACGCUCAGCUUGCUAAGCUUUCUUUACAGCGACAGUCUUAGCGUGCCACCGUUUGUGAACCCUCUCUUCUUGACCGUCAUCAUGAUAGUAUUUCUGAUCAAUCCGUUGCGCAUUUUCCGAUAUGAGGCUCGGUUUUGGUUACUGAAAACAAUCGGUCGAAUGGUGGCAGCUCCGCUGGUUCACGUAGGUUUUGCCGACUUCUGGCUCGCCGAUCAACUUAAUAGUCUCGUGACGGCGCUGCUCGACUUUCAGUUUCUGGUCUGUUUCUACGCCACCAACGACAACUGGAUCGAGGUGAACAACAAUACCGAUCAAUGCAUGGAGCACAGCUAUAUUAUCAGACCGCUAGUCAAUUGUCUUCCGGCGUGGUUUCGGUUUGCUCAGUGCUUACGCCGCUAUCGCGACUCGCGUGAAGCCUUUCCACACCUUGCCAACGCCGGUAAAUAUGCCACCACGUUUUGUGUCGUCAUAUUUGCUACGCUCCGUAACGCGAAUUCCUAUAGGUACGAAGAUUCGUUCGACAAUGUGUUUCUUUGGCUGUGGCUUAUGAGCUCGGUCGUGUCCUCUUGCUACGCUUACACUUGGGAUAUUAAAAUGGACUGGGGUCUGUUUGAUCGCAAUGCCGGCGAAAACACUUUUCUGCGCGAGGAAAUCGUUUACUCAAUGCCGUUCUUUUAUUAUUUCGCAAUCAUUGAGGAUCUUGUGCUGCGCUUCGCAUGGAUCUUAGCAUACGGGCUAUCCGAGAGCGGGCUUGUCAGUGGGGAUCUAAUGACCUCAAUCCUAGCACCGCUUGAGGUGUUUAGACGGUUCGUGUGGAACUUUUUUCGACUGGAGAACGAGCAUUUGAACAACUGUGGCAAGUUCCGAGCGGUGCGCGAUAUCUCGAUCGCUCCGAUCGACUCAAAUGAUCAGGCUAUCAUCUUAAAGAUGAUGGACGAGGAAGACGGUGUCAUCAAUCGGUAUACAAAGCAUAACCGACCAAAACCAAAAAGAGUGAAAGAUGAGCGGCGUACGAAAGGAACCGAGGAAGGUGUAGAAGUUGAUACUCUUGGCAUUAUCAUCAUCUAAUCAUCAACACAGUUGGUAAGGCCUCCAGGAUAGGAGCAGUGUUUCGCACCUCUGGUUGGUUUCGUUGAAUCACUACUCGGUGAAACUGAAAAGCUACAAUGAAAGUGAGAUGAAAAAAGCUCUGAUGCAUAUAACAGUAGUGGAAUACAAAGACAUUUUAUUGAGGGCGUUCAACAGGAUUGAAACUAUCACAUAUCAGCUUAUCUUCCAUAUCUUAUUCAACAUGUGUAUAUUGUACUUAUAGUUAUAAUUGUACUUAUUUUUAUAACUUUUGGUAACCUGACUCUGGCUCGUUAUAUAUGAAAUAAUACAUACCUUUUAUAAUGUUGCAUUGUGUCCGCACUAUGCGUAGAAAUAUGUGCCUUAGGAAAUGGCCUGGUUAAACAUCAAACCUACCUCCAUUUGACGCCAACAUUCCUUAAGUGCUUUAUGUGCUACAAGGUUAUUGAUAGAACGAUGGAUGAAACAAACGCAUCUUGGCCAUACAUUAGUUUUAUACAAUAAAACAUAAGCGAUUUUACCCGUAUUGACAUGGUUUAGUCAUUGACGAAAUAAGGUGCAGUAUAAAAAUUCCACUUAGCUUAACAAUUUACAAACAAAAUGAAAAACUGCCUCAUUUUUGUUGUCAGCGGGCUAGAAUUUUGCGCUAAUGUUACUGAUAAAAGAAAUCUUGCGGUGUUUAAAAUCGAGAAAUAUUCAAUUAAUGAACAAUGUAUAAAAACCGAUUAUUUGGACAGACUUUCUUUUUCGGCUAUGGAAUUUUCGUUUCGAUAUCUUCAGAUUUGAAGAAGUUGCAAUGAAUGGAAGCUAAAAUGAGAAAAUUAAUUUUGGAUGCUCACAUCGAAAAUCCGAUUAAUCCGAAAAUGGUCAGGAUUGUUUUUUCUAAAUUCCUCUGAGUUCAUUUCUCAAAUGCUACUUCAAAAUAGAGUGUAUUGAUUUGCUCUCGAUUGUAAAGGCCAAAGACUUUAUGCUUUGCAGCCCUAAGAUGGACCAAUUUCAACUUUCUCAACAUAGAUGCUCACCAUCGAUUUUGAAAGAUUAUAUAUUUUAUGCUGCUGUAAUAUGAGAAAUCAAAUCCAAAGUCAAAUUUUUAUUAAAAGUAUAUAGAAUGUAAGAGUGAAGUAAAUCCGAAAAGAUUAUGAUAUUGUGUUUUAAAGGAUGCAGAUGUACUUAGCAUGGACCGCUGUAACUUGAUCCCAUCAACUCCAGCCUAAAUAAUUUAAUUUGUUAAAUCCUACGGGAAUUCAUUUUGUUUGUGAUUUACAGCAAAGCAGAAAUAUUUACUUUUAUACUGCUUUUGCAGGCAGAAUCAGAAUAUGUUUUCAGCGUUCAAAUGGUUAAGUUUAUAUAUUUUUACCAUUUUUUGACAAAUUUGUUUUUUUUCUUUUCCUUGUUUCCUCCACCCGGUUGUUUCUGAUAUAUGUUAUCGCAUUUUGAGACAGCAAGUUACCGACUGACUGAUGUGAACUGUAACUGUAACUGAGCGAAAAUAUUCGAUAGCUUAGAAAUAGCUUUUGCACAUGUGAUUCGGAACGUGCAUCUUGUGUAUUUACAGUGCAAAUAGUUUGGACUCAAUGGUUUAGAAUAAAACAAAA